GUGAGGUCGUCGUGCGCACUCUGUCAUGACUGCCGCCAGCAGCGCAGUGUGGCUUCCGUCCCGACCAUCUACCCGACGACGCCACCUCACCGCCGACCGUUGCAACACCAUCGACACCGCCGCCGCCGCCGCCGCCGCCGAUCCGAGCCAGAGCCCGAGCUGCGGGAAAUGCCGCCAUGUCGGCGAGAAAUCGGAAGCCCACUCAGCCCGGGAGCGGCAAUGAAGCCGCUGGCAGUGACGCCGCCGCCGAGGUGACAGCCGCCACGGCGCCCGCCGAGCAGGGGGAUGCUGCUUCAGGCUCCGCCUCGCCCGGCGCACGAAAAGAACCGCCGCCCGAGAAGCCGGCCGAUGCGCGGCGGCGCACACACGUUGUUCUGUCGUUCUGGGCCCUCAUACUCACCUUUGGCCUGCCAAUAUGGUGGCAUACCACGUCCAUCUACCGCGCGAAUCUUCCCUUGAACGACAUGAUGGACUGGGCUGAGGGCAGGGCAUGUCGUCCCGUGUUCCCUCUCACAGUGGCCCUCGAUACGGGCUCUCUGCCAGACAGCGAAGCUCAGGCUCUCCUCCAACAAACACAACAAACUCUCGACGCCAUGGGCAGCUCUUCCGGCCACCAACUUCGCCUGGAGUCUGCCAGGCAGUCUAAGGCUGGGGAUGACAGGAUCGCGCUGACCGUCCGCCUCGCGCCUGGGGAGACCAGAGCCGGCUCUCUGCACCCAGAGCAGCCCGUGCUCGAUGUCGUUUACACGUCCGACACAAAAUCCGACCCCACUUCACUAUCGACCUUUGUCGCCGAACAGCUGCGCUCAACCUUCGCAGAGGAACGGGUCAUCGUCUCCAACCUCAUCUCCGAGGCCGCCGUUUUCCCCGACGACCAGCAGCGGCAGCAGCAUCAGGAGGAGCAGCGGCUUGAGGACCCGGAGGUUGCCGCAACAGUGGGCAAGCGCUCGGCGCGGUCCGUCAGGUACUCGCCGACCUACCACCUCACCUUUUCCCUCUUCACGGCUGGCUCCACCCCAAGCGGCUGGGAUAUCGAUGCGGCUAUCAAACAGUACAUGCGCCCCUUCCUCAACGUUCUCGGGCCGAUCCAUAACUUUACGAUCGACACUCAGAUCCAGCUGUAUGCUGCUCCUGGAGUGCAAUCGGAACUUCUUAGCAAGGAGGAUUUGUCCUCGUUUAUCAACGCUGCUGAGUGGCCUCUAUCGCCCUCCAUCGGCGGUGCACCGACCAUCAAUUUCAUCAUUUAUGUCGGCAGCCAAACCAUCGCCCUUGACGGCACCUCUACCCCUGAAUCCGGGGCGGAAACGAUAGCGCAAAAGCCCACCUCCCAAUCCUGGCUCAUCCCCCAAUGGGGCACCGUAUACCUGCUGCCCCCAACAUCCGACUCAUCGACAAAUGUGGCAGUCGAUGCCCUCCGCACCCCGAUGCUAACCUUCAGCUCGCACCUCCUGUUACUCCUGGGGACGCCCCAGUCGGGCUCCCUGCCGCUGCGGCUCUCGACGCUGUCACGCGUCAGAGCUGCGGAUCUGGUACUCCGAGCUUCGUCAACGCUGGGCUCGCUAGCGCGCCUGUCGCGGGCCCUCCCCGGGAUAGCCAUCCCGCGGUCCGUCGCCGAGGGGGUCUCGGCCACCAUGGCGCACCUCCGACUGGCUUGCGACGGCCUCGGCACGCCGCAGGGGCUGGCGCACGCGCGGGUCGCCGAGGCGGCCGCCGAGCGCGCCUUCUUCGAGAAGAGCAUGGUCGGGCAGCUCUACUUCCCGGACGAGCACAAGGUCGCCGUCUACCUGCCGCUCCUCGGCCCCAUCGGCGUCCCGCUCGUGAUGAGCCUGCUGAACGAGUUCAAGGCGUGGCGGAAGCGCAGGCGCGAGGCUGCAACAGCAAAGGCCAAGAAGACGGAGUGAAGGAUUUGGGUUAGGGUUCGUUUGUAUGGCGGAUAGCUGCUGUUGCCUGACAGCGGAUAUGUAAGAACAGGACAGAAAAGGAUAGAAAACUCGGUUUCAAUGACAGAAGAACACCAGAUGGUGAUGGUGGCUCGG